AACAUCAACGAUAGAGUCACUAUUUAUUCCAGUCAGACGUACCAGGAGCGUAUCUGGACUUAUCUUUGCGCUUUACCGAAGACUUUGGACACGUUUAUUGCUAUUUCCUUGCAGUUGUUUUGAUAAAGCUGCAAAAUGCGUCUUAUUCACAACAUGAGCACCAUCACGGAGUAUCCCACACAGGAAUAUACGGCUCCGAACCGGACCAUAAAAAUAGCCGUGAUUGGCGGCAGCGGCGUGGGCAAAACAGCUCUCGUUGUGAGAUUCCUAACCAAACGCUUUAUUGGCGACUACGAGAGAAAUGCCGGCAAUCUUUACUCUCGCGAGGUCCAGGUGGAUGGAGACCAAGUGACCAUCCAAGUGCAGGACACUCCAGGAGUCGAGUUGACUGAUAAUGGCAUGAGUCUCCCAGAACACGUCUCCUGCUCCGUGCAAUGGGCAGACGCAGUAGUCCUGGUGUACUCCGUGACCGACCGCCACAGUUUUGAUCUGAUCUGCCACCUUCAUCAGUUAGUGCAGCGUGCAGGUGGGGCUAACCCUCCCCCGGUCAUCCUGCUUGCCAACAAAGCCGACCUGCUCCACCUGAGGCGAGUGGAGGCUCAACAGGGCCCUCUGCUGGCCACGACACUGGGCUGCUCCUUCUACGAGGUAUCAGCGAGCGAGGACUAUAACCAGGUGCAUGGUGCAUUUCACAGACUGUGCUGCCAGCUUGCCAAGCAGCCCGCCCCAGUCUCCACCACCCCCACCAACAACCCCACCAGCGCCCCCUCCGAAAAGAAGCGCUCCCCUCUCAUCCCCCGGCCCAAGUCCCCCAACAUGCAGGAUCUGAAGAGGCGCUUCAAACAGGCGCUGUCUGCAAAAGUGAGGACUGUGACAUCAGUGUGAAAGGGACAUAAAAGUGGUCCCGAGUGGCCACGUGUGGAAAGAAAGCUUUGAACGAGGACAAAGAGGCGAUACGCAUCUUGGGACAUCCUGAACCUGGUGGUCAGGCGUGUGGCAGACAGUGCUGACACAGGGACAGUGGACAGGUGCCUCCAACAGAAGAGGUGAAGUGUGGCCCCUCCUCUGUGUUAGUGAGAGGAGAGGCAGAUGAGCAGGGAGAGAGGAAGCAGAAGAUUUACAUUCUGAACUAAACGGUGUAAAUUUACGCCUGGCACCAAAACUUCUGUGAAGGACUCUGUAUUUUUAGCCAGUGCUCUUGUGUGGUCUGUAGAGUGACUAAAUGCUGGUAUUGAUGUGCCAGUCACUUGAGCCAGAGACAGUGCCAGCCUCUUGUAUGUGAAUAAUGCAAUCUAAUGUGUGUUUUGAACAUCAUUGUGGUAGGAGAAAGAGAUGGCAGCAGACAAGUAUGUAGCAUGUGAAAAUUGUUAUCACUGAUGCACUUUACAAAAUGUCCAAAGGGCCAAUUGUU